AUGGCAACUUCGCUCUUACUCGACUCUGACGACGAAUAUGGCUACGAUCUUUCUCUUGAAGACGAGACUUUGCUGAGCCAGCUCAUUACCGACGGCCCCGCCCCCACGUCCACAUCUUCGCAGAACCCCGCCGCACCCUCCAUUGUCUCGCAUCUCGGCAUCGACACCAUCGCCGAGGAGGAGUCGAGACUUGAUCAUGUUCCCGCCGAUGCGCUUUCCUUUCGGCCGUUCGGCACGGCCAAGGGGGCUCUUCGAGCUGGUGGCCGCCGCGACAGGAACCCCGCCGAUGCCCCCCCGUCGUCACCUGGCUACACCGUCAGCUACCCGGAUCUGAGCAAGGCUAUCCCAGGCGGUGCCCGCGCGCCUUCGCCGAGACAGGCAGACGACCCCUCUGCCGACGCGGCGAAUAAUGACACCCGAUCGCCGCUCGUGCGGUUCCGCUCCUUCCCUCGGAAACCCUUCACCGUCACGGACUUGACAUCUGGCGCCUGGUGCGAGCUGCAGUACUUCUACACCCUGACUCGCUUGCCGGGAGGUCGGAAGACACGGACAGCGGCUAUGAAGCAAGGGACCAAGGUACACCAGGCCCUCGAAGACGAGGUGCACACCACCGUCCGCGUAGAGAUCGCGAGCAAGGAAGAUGGCUUCGGCCUGCGCAUAUGGAACGUCGUCCAGGGCCUUCGCACGCUCCGCGAAACGGGUAUGACCCGCGAGCUCGAGGUCUGGGGCUUCGUCGACGGGAACCUCGUCAACGGUGUCGUUGACGGCCUGAGCUACGAGAACCCCGACCCGGAGUUCCAACAGCAGCUGAGCCAGGGCCCGGAAGACCAGACCCAGGCGAGUAUCACCAGCUACUUCCCAUCUGAGAAGCAAGCACAAGUGCCCCAGAUUUAUCUGACAGAUGUCAAGACGCGAGGCUCGACGAAGGUGCCGAACAGUCCUGUGCUGCUGCGGCCGGCCAAGGUGCAGCUCUUUCUCUAUCAGCGUUUCAUGUCGGAAAUGGCGGCCGGCAGGCUGGACUACCUCCGUGUCUUCCGUCGGUACGGGCUUGACCCCGACGCGCCGUUCUCAGACUCGUUCAUUGCCCAGAUCGGUAGCUUGCAUGACGAGCUCUUCGACGUCGAUUCGUCCAUGGACGGAGACUAUACUCCAUCAUCCUCGAACACAACAACCAGUGAAACAGAGGCAACCGAGACAUCAAACAAAGCGCCCUCUUCCGCGCCCGACUUGAUCAAGUACGGAACCCUCCGCGAGCUGCUGUCCCUCUUGGUGUCGGAGCUGAAGGAGACGUUUCCUCAUGGCGCGGACUCUGUGGGCCGGCUGCUCGCCGUCGAGUACAGGUACCGAGGCGACGGCUCGCUCAUCGACAGCCAGGUCUUCCCCAUGGACGACCGGGCGCUGGACCUCUACCUGGAGAGCAACAUGGAGUGGUGGCGGGCGGACCGUGCGCCGCGGGGGGUGCAGAUUGAGGAAGCGUACAAGUGCCGGAUGUGCGAGUUCGCCGACAAUUGCACCUGGCGGUCGGCCAUGGACGACGAGAGGCUGCAGGCCACGCGGCAGCGGUUGGCGAGCCGCCAGAAGCAUGUCACGAGCGGUUGA